AUGGCCUGUUUUCCUGUCAAUCCUGUGCUAAGGAAGCUAAAUGAUACCAAUGCUAAGAUUUACCGAGAAUCUGUUGUACUUUUCCGUCCGGUUCCUUUCAAACUUUGUGAUUUCACCCAGUUGGUGUACGUUGCCCCCAGCGUAGACAGUUGCAAGAAACUCCAUCUUCGAUCGCUCACUCAUCAUACAAUAAUGGUUUCGGGGUUUUCAAAUGAGGAUAUGGUAUUCAUAAACCGAAAUAAUGAUAAUAUUAUUAGCAUGAACCGUACUAACUUGGAUAAACCUCGGUUUGAAGAAAUUAUGGAUCUUGAUAUCAAGCUGGACGAUACGAAAUGCGUGGUUACCGGGAAAAUCACCAUUGAUGUGGUAGAUAUUGAAAAAAACAUGGUUUGCGAAAGACUCAGCGCGGUGGAGUUUCCAUUAAAAACAAAAUACAACCCCAAGAACCCCAAUGUAUUGGCCUGUGCUUCCAAAGACCAGCUAGUGUUGUAUGAUUCGCGGGAUAGGGUACGACGUUUGGUCAAUAGUAAUAGUGAUUUUGGAAACGCCCCAUUACAACCCAGUAUUAAUAUUAAACGAAAGUCUACUAGAGGUCAACCACCAGCCACCAAGCCGUCAGAUAUGAUAUGGUACGAUGAUCGAAAACUUUUGGUGAGUAACCGGUCAGUGGGUCAACUUAAAGUGUUUGAUAUCCGGUAUCUCAAGGAUGGGGCGAUGAGGGUGAAAGAAUCUGAAGAGUUGGGUGGCUUUAAAGGGGGCAUUGAACAAAUGAAAUUGGAUGAUGGUAGUGGGAUAGUGUACGGGAUGAAUUAUCGGUCUGGGAUAAUCAAAUGUUUUACCCCGGACUUGGUGGUUGGAGAAUUGCCAAUAAUUGAAGAGGGCUUCCAAGGUAAAGAUUCUUGUAUUGAGAUCAUAAAGGAUCCUACGGGUACCAGCAGUUUAGUGCAAUGGGGCAAAUCUGGUGACAAGUCGAUGAUAAAUUGCACCCCAUUACCGUUGACAUGCGGUAGUUUACUGUAUGGGACGCCAGUAACUAAGCGAUUUGUAGUAGGACGAGCCCAGAAUUUAGAUAAUGUUGCGGGAGACUUAUGCCACAACCCAGUGGGACGGUUUUUAGCGGUUCCAUUUUGGAACAAUUCUCGAGAGGUCCUGGCUUUGAUUGAUUAUGUGGGAGUAGAGAAUCUUUAG